AUCCAAACGACCCCAGCGAGCGAGUACCCCUGGCCUUCACAGAGUAAUCCUCUUCAGUCUUCCCACUGCAGAUUUCUUCCGCCCGUCGUCCCCGCUGCUCAAAAGUUAUUUACUACUCCCGCGGGACACCAGAUCAUAAGUGGACCGUGGUCAACCGUCAACUCCACUCGCACCUGGAAACUUGACACACGUGUUCCACAUCUGAUCCGCUGCAAAUUCCUGAUUUUCAAACGGGAAGGGGUUGGUGAGGUAGCGAGAGCCCGCUGAAAGAUACAGAGGAGUAGGUGGGGGAAGACCUGUCUUUAUAUACCCAUUUCCACCAAAUCUCUCAUUUCCAUUUCCCAUCUCCUCCAUUUCAGACGUUCCGAAAGCAGAGAUCAACUCUCCAUGGCGACGUCUUUGUCGUCAAAACCCUUUCUCACAGCCACGAGAACCGACGGAAUCUAUGGCCUGGGAUUCCAAGCUUCAGAUCUCAGGAGAUUAUCCGCUCCGUCCGUACAGAUCUCGAUCCGACGCACUCCUGCUGCACGAAAGCUCGAGGUGCAGGCUAGCACUGGAAAUUCAUUUGGGACCUUGUUCCGCAUUACAACAUAUGGAGAAUCUCAUGGAGGAGGUGUCGGGUGUGUUAUUGAUGGAUGCCCUCCUCGGGUUCCCCUUUCAGAAGCUGAUAUGCAAGUAGAACUUGAUAGAAGGAGGCCAGGGCAGAGCCGAAUAACUACUCCAAGAAAAGAGACUGAUACAUGUCAGAUUCUUUCAGGCGUUUCUGAAGGAAUGACUACAGGAACCCCAAUCCAUGUCUAUGUACCAAAUACCGAUCAAAGAAGUCAUGAUUACAGUGAAAUGUCAAUAGCAUAUAGGCCUUCUCAUGCUGAUGCCACGUAUGAUUUUAAAUAUGGUGUGAGAUCAGUACAGGGGGGUGGCAGAUCUUCAGCUAGAGAAACCAUUGGGAGAGUUAUACCUGGAGCUGUUGCAAAGAAGAUUCUCAAGAUGGUGUCAGGAACUGAGGUUUUGGCAUAUGUAUCUCAAGUGCAUAAAGUUGUACUUCCAGAGGGUGUGGUUGACAAUGAGGUUGUAACACUCGAACAGGUAGAAAGUAAUAUUGUUAGAUGUCCAGAUCCUGAAUAUGCUGAGAAGAUGAUUAAUGCCAUCGAUGCCAUCCGAGUGAGAGGGGACUCUGUUGGUGGUGUUGUGACAUGCAUUGUGAGGAAUGUCCCACGUGGGCUUGGUUCACCUGCCUUCGAUAAACUUGAAGCUGAGCUUGCUAAAGCUGUCAUGUCAUUGCCAGCAACCAAGGCAUUUGAAAUUGGUAGUGGAUUUGUAGGUACUUUUAUGACAGGAAGUGAGCAUAACGAUGAGUUCUAUACUGAUGAGGAUGGAAAAAUCCGAACAAGAACAAAUCGUUCGGGUGGGAUACAGGGUGGAAUAUCAAAUGGUGAAACAAUAACCAUGAGGAUAGCUUUCAAGCCUACUUCUACAAUUGCAAGAAAACAACACACAGUGACCAGAGACCGACAUGAGACUGAACUUAUUGCACGAGGACGCCACGAUCCUUGUGUGGUCCCUCGAGCUGUGCCAAUGGUGGAAGCCAUGGUCGCUUUGGUUAUUUUGGAUCAACUGAUGGUGCAGUAUGCACAAUGCCAGCUACUACCCAUCAACCCUUGCCUCCAAGAACCUGUGGAGUCAACAAAGCCUGACGCGUCUGGCCUUCCGCUUUGAAGGAAUUGCAAUUUCUUUUGUUGGUGCAACAAGUGUGAGCCAGGCCAAGUAGCACCUAAGUUGAGUCACGAAGAUGUGAAGGAGCUUGAACUCUUGAAAAGAGAGCUUGAGGCUAAGGAGCAUGAUCUGUUGAAAAAAGAGCUAGAGAUCGUGAAAAAAGACUUAAAAAGUGAUUAAAAAUAAAUAAAUAAAUAAAGAACUGAAUCUAAUUUGGAUGUCUGAAGACUUGGAGCAUCGACUAAAUAGCUUGUCAAUUGCAACCGAUUAUGAUGUUAACAUUAACGUCAAUGUCAACAAAAGAUGCUUGUAAUUCUCUAUGCUAAAGCUCUUUUUCAUUGUUUGGGCUAGUUUUGAAGAAAUGUUUAGGAUUAGAAUGUUAUUUAUCUUGUUAAACAGUCCAUUAGUUGGGCACUUAUAUCAAUUUUGAGGCAUCUAUCUGGAGGAUUUGAUUUGAUCCA